AGCCGGUUCGUUAAGCAGCCGCACCGCUACCGGCCCGGCACCGUGGCGCUGCGCGAGAUCCGCCGCUACCAGAAGUCCACCGAGCUGCUGAUCCGCAAGCUGCCGUUCCAGCGGCUGGUGCGCGAGAUCGCGCAGGACUUCAAGACCGACCUGCGCUUCCAGAGCUCGGCCGUCAUGGCGCUGCAGGAGGCGUGCGAGGCCUACCUGGUGGGGCUCUUCGAGGACACCAACCUGUGCGCCAUCCACGCCAAGCGCGUCACCAUCAUGCCCAAGGUCACUAAUUCUCCGGAUCAGCAGUUUCAGACCCGAGGCCGUCUCAAGCACGUUGUCUCCAAGUGCUCUGAGGCCUCAGCCAUCCUCAUUGCUGCUAAAUGAAAUGACUCAGUAUC